AUGGAACUCCGGAUCCCUUUUCUGGCUUGGUGCUUCGUAACUCUGCAGGUAGCAUGGGCAGAGGAGCGAUGCAGCUCGCACUUCGGGAAGACAUGGCAGGGCGAUGCAGAAGUGAACGAAGUCAGCUUCCUGCAGAUGGGUCUGCAAUCCGUGGUGAACAAGCGCGAUAAGGAGGAAGUACUCCGCUUCAUGCACAUUCCAAAGACGGGCGGCACUAGCAUCGACUCUGCCAACUUGCAUCUUCCGCCAGACAAGCGCGCUUACGACUCCUACAUGCUGCAGACAUAUCAGCGCAUUGCAGAUUCACGACACCUGGAGGGUCAGGACCUGGGGGCCAUCUUCGACGAGUCGCACAGCGAUAUGUUCAGCUACAUCAUCUUCAUGGGCCUGAAUGCGGGCUCGUAUCGGAUAAUACCACCGGGAGUGAUAGAUGGAUGCGAGGACAUACACACGCCGCCAUCCCGAAGUGCAGAGGUAGCCCUCUACUACCAGGAGCGCACCACUUUUUGCGCCGUGCGUGAGCCUCUAGCGCGUUACUGGAGUGCCUUCAAGAUGAUUUUCUAUGAAUGUGAUCCAAAGUCUGUGGAAAAGCGCACCUUGAGCCUCAUGACCGAGCUAUCCACUCGCCAAUAUAUGUACAACUGCUUCUUCGUCCCGCAAGUUCAGUCGGUUUGGGGUGUUUCGAACAAGUCUGCUGCAACCCACCAGUACUGCCACCACAUCCUGCACGAAGAGAACUUAGACCAGGAGUUUGCUGAGCUCAUGGCGGAAUAUGGCCAAGGCGUGGAGCUUCCAGCUGCUGAACUGAUGUCCUCCUGGACAGACCAUUGCAACAUGUCAGUGGCUGACCUUACACCACCGACGAAAGCAGCCGUCUAUGAGUAUUUCAAAGCCGACUACGAAGCGUUUGGCUACGCAAAGCCAGACUUCUGA